AUUUAAACGAACAGUUUCUAUGUUUGGGUGCCUAGUUUUUUGAAAUAUUUUCUGAGAAAAAGCUUGAUCCAAGUGAAACACCGGAUUUACCUUAAAUUCAACUACCGAGAUUUUUAAAAUGUAUUCUUCAUCCCUAAUGUAGUCUCCUGUAGUCUAUUACCCUUAAAUUAAUUGUCAAAUCUACCAAAAUUCGUUCGAUUGAGAGACCAAGCUUCCUGCACUGAACGAUAACAAUCUGAAAUCCUGCCAUUUUCUUCGAGAAGCGACUAAAAACAAAUACGAGCUUGUCACAACAUCAUUGAUUAUCGUAACUGAGUUUUAAAGCGCCAUAUUUGUGUUUUGUGUGUUAUGGCGUUGACUUUUACGAGCUCAGCUGAACCGUCGUUUGACUCUAUUAAUUUCUCCUAUGGACUCAGUAGACAACAAGAACGUAACAGGAAAAAGAAAUUAAGGAAGAAAGCUUCACUGAAGCGGCGUAGAGAGCUGAAAAACCAACCGCAUUCGUUAAAUGAGGUUUCAGACUGUCCUAAUGGAGUGCAUGAAGACGAGGAAAGUGACCCUGAACCAGAGGAUGAAAUUAUUGAGUUUCAAUAUAAAGGACCGUUCGAACGCUUUAAGUUGGCUGAUGACGAGGCAGAUUCUGUUCCCUCUAAACCAGUAUCACAUACUGACAUCAAUCUGAAGGCUCGUACUGCCGCACUUCUUGCCGAAGAGGCUUCAGCAAACGAAGCCAGGCGGCGUUUCCCAAGUCAAGAUCCUGAAUCGAAUAAAGGUUCACAGUCCAAAGUUGGUUCUGCAGGGGGUUUAGACUCAGGAUCUAAUGGGGUCGAGACACUAAGCAAGAAAAAGCUAAAGCGUCUCAACCGUCCUAGCGUUGCUGCACUUAAACAGAUGGUAGCACGUCCCGAUGUCAUCGAAAUGUGGGAUGUCUGUGCCAAAGAUCCACUUUUAUUAGCUUUCUUGAAGGCAUAUCGAAAUACUGUACCAGUUCCCAAACAUUGGUGUGCAAAAAGAAAAUAUUUACAGGGUAAACGUGGUUUCGAGAAACCUCCUUUUCGCCUACCCGACUUCAUUGCUCGCACAGGGAUUAUGGAGAUGCGACAAACGGUACAAGACAAAGAUUCUGACAAAACAUUGAAAACAAAAAUGCGUGAAAAAAUUCGUCCUAAAGUUGGAAAGGUGGAUAUCGAUUAUCACAAAUUGCACGAUGCUUUCUUUAAGUACCAAACCAAACCCAAACUAUCAAUUCAUGGCGAUCUUUAUUAUGAAGGGAAAGAAUUUGAAGUAAAACUGAAGGAGAAAAAGCCUGGUAAUAUGUCAGAUGAGCUUCGAAAUGCUCUAGGUUUACCGUCUGGCUCCGGUGCUGAGCGAUAUCCUCCACCAUGGUUGAUUGCUAUGCAACGGUAUGGUCCACCUCCUUCGUAUCCCAAUUUGAAGAUUCCCGGUCUAAAUGCUCCUAUUCCGGAUGGUUGUGCAUUUGGUUAUCACCCUGGCGGAUGGGGUAAACCUCCCGUGGAUGAGCUAGGACGUCCUGUUUAUGGAGAUGUGUUUGGAAAUGGAGGUAAUAUUGCCGGUGUACCACCACCACCACCCCCACCAACCACUUUUGAGGAUGCCGAUGAGCAAAUCGCUCAUGGAAAUAUCAGUUAUUGGGGCGAGUUGGAAUCUGAUGAGGAAUCUGAAGGCGAAGAUGGUGAUCAGGAUAUGGAUACGGACGAUGAGAGUGAUGAAGAUCAGGCAGCAGCAUCUGCGAUGGCUGAAAAUGAAGCCAAAAAGAUGCUUGUUACUUUGCCAAGUGCAGGAUCUAUUCCUCGACCAGUAGAUGUCGGUGGCCUAGUCACACCUGCUGGAGGAUUAAUAACACCUAGUGGUGUAUCCAGUGUUGGUGCUGGUUUAGAAACUCCACAAAGUAUGAUUGAACUACGUAAGAAAACUAUAGAAGAGGCAAUGGAAGAUAGUACUGGUUUGGUUACACCGUCCACUCAGUUGUAUCGUAUACUUCCUGAAACUGAAACUAAUUUACAACCUAAUGCACUUAUGGGUAGUACUAAAUUGUAUGAUGUGGCCGGUGUAACAGGUGCUCAGCGUGGAAUCGAAAUGAGCUAAAUAAAGGAAAACAUUCAACGCGAUAUUAUUUUGAAAAUGAUUGAAAAUUACCAAGAGAGUGUACCACAUUAUUUUUAGGCUUACUUAGAGAGGAUUGUUCAUUAAUACACAUUGUUUACAAUGUUAUUUAUUAUGUCAACUUUUUUCGCUUUACCUAAACUCUUUGUCUAGGCUGAAGAUCCUCGUGAACGUAUGUUACGUAAGCGCAUAGCAGGCACUGAAUCUCAGCAAGAUCAAAUUAGUGGAGUGAAAUCUGGCGGGGGUAGUGCAGUUUUAAGUAAUGCACCCGAGCCAACUGUUCCAUCCACAUCGAAAAAAUAUAAAGAAUUCAAGUUUUGAUGAAGUAAUAAAUAUGCAUUACAAAGAAAAAACACUUGUUAUUCAUCGCACUAUUACUGUUAGAAUAUGACAUGCGGCAACAGAAUAGAAAAGUGAUCAUAUCUUUCAGUUAACAUUUAUUUGUAAAUAUACAAAAACGUUUGAAUAGUUUUGAAAUAAUCCUAAUAAUAAACCUUAUUUAUAACAA